CUCUAAUCAUGCCUGCCAGCACAAGCCAAAGACGAAUCAGUUCUUAUCAGCGAAGGCAGAUCGUCUCAACUGUAGCUGCCAUCAUCCUCUGCACUCAGUUCCAACUUUUUAUGAUGACUCAGAAGGGUGAAAGUAAACCCAAAGCUCAGUGGUGUGAGGAGGAGGUCGAUGCAUUCCUAGUCUAUCUUCAAUCGCAGGUGUCAAAGAUCGCUGGGACGACUUUCAAAGAUGAGACCUUCAAUGAGGCAGCAAAGAAACUUGUGGGACUUCAGAAGCAAGGCCCAGACAAGGACAUGGCACAGUGUAAGAGGAAAUGGCAAGCGUUGAAACAAAUCUACAAUGCCAUCGAGAGAUAUCGCAACAACCGAUCCGGAUGUCAUUGGGACAAUGUUAACGGCGCUAAUAUUCAGGGGGAAGCGGCGGAACUCCAGUGGAACCAAUUUAUUACCGCUAAUAAUUCCAACAAGGUGAUGAAACCUUUCAAAAACAACGGGUGGAGACACUGGCAAAAGAUGUCAGAGAUUCUCCCAAACGGGAGUGGCGCUCAGGGGGCAUCCGCCUACAAUCCAGCUUCCUUGGCUGUGGGAGCAUCAGCGGCUCUUCCUAUCAAUGCUGAAGCCGGUGGAUCCUCAUCCAUACAAGCAUCGGAGGCUCCCAAUGCUGAGGCCAGCGGAUCUAGACUCGCUGCUGCGCCACAAGCUGGAUGGGACCAGAUCAAGUCAGCCCUCCCAUCCAUCACUCCUGGAGUCGCUGGAAGUUCUAUGAACAUUCCCCCUCCCCCCUCUUCUAUUGCGCCCUCCAGUACGGGCAAACGCUCGCAUUCCGACAUGAUUUUGUCCCCCAGCACCGCCCAAACUACGUCACUGGUAGAUUCAUCCCACGCCUCCAAUGUCGACAAAAAGCCGAAGUUGUCGACACACGGUAAAAGUCAAGCCGGCCGCACUCGCAAAGGCUCUAGGGCUGCCAAAGACGCUGCCAGCACUGCCGUCUUCAUGAACCUGCAAGGUUCCAUCAACAGCCUGACGGACAGCCUUCGCACAUCAGCAUCCAACACCGACCAAAACGAAACUCGGGUGUUGGAUGAAAGGCUACAGGCUGUGCUCGCCAUGCAGGAGGAGGAACUGAUUACAGAAGAUGAGUCUGUCACGCUCAUGAACGUGUUCGCAAGGAGCCCAGCAGUAUGCGCCAUCUACUUGGCUGCCAAGUCUGAAAGACGGGUCCCCUACUUGCGAUCUGUUCUUGACCAGGCUGCCAGGGGGGAAUUUGGUGUGUUUUAAACGUUGUCAUUGUCAUCAUGUUUUGCUUUUGUCUCACUCAUUGCCAUAUGCGUUGCCGUAUGUUUUCAUUUGUUCGCACCAUGUUAGAUGAACCGCACGUUUUCAUUUGUAGCCC